GUGAGCUCUCUGUGGUGCAUCCUGCUGCUGCCUGCCCGCUGCCAACCUCGCAGUCACCACCACAAAUGUCUCCUGAGCAGCGUGGUGGCUGCCUCUGCACCCUGGGGUUCCUCUGGCUGCUUGCGGCGGUAGAAGCAAAGACCAGAACAUACUACUUGGGAAUUGUGGAAGAGAACUGGGACUAUGCACCAUCUGGGAAAAAUCUGAUCACUGGACAAAGCCUCUUAGAGGACAAGUUUGCAAGUGUGUAUGCGACAAGAGGAGCCAACCGAAUAGGACGUGUGUACAAAAAGGCUAUUUUUAGGCAAUUCACAGAUGACACUUACUCCCAAGAGAUCCCCAAAGCAGCAUGGCUGGGAUUCCUUGGGCCAGUCCUGAAGGCAGAAGAAGAGGAUGUCUUUAUCAUCCAUCUAAAAAACUUUGCUUCCCGCCCAUACUCUGUGCAUCCACAUGGGGUCUUCUAUGACAAGGAGUCUGAAGGAGCACUUUACCCUGAUGGAACCGGUGGUAAAAGCAAGGAGGACGACUUUGUUGUUCCUGGUGGAAAUUACACAUACACAUGGCCAGUAAGGAAAGAUUAUUCCCCAACUUUGGCAGACUCAAACUGCUUGACUUGGAUUUACCAUUCUCACAUUGACACACCAAGAGAUAUUGCAUCUGGUUUAAUUGGGCCUCUGCUGGUGUGUAAAAAAGGAACUGCAGAUGACACCACAAUAGAAGGGACUGGUGCUGCUAAUGCUUUUGCCCUGAUGUUUAGCAUUGUAGAUGAAAACUUCAGCUGGUACCUCGAUGAGAAUAUAAACACCUUCUGCUUAGAACCAGACACAGUGGACAAAGAGGAUGAAGGUUUCCAGACCAGCAACCGAAUGCAUGCUAUUAACGGUUAUAUUUAUGGCAAUCUCCCCGGCUUGGAGAUGUGUGCUGACACUUCCAUGUCCUGGCACUUGUUUGGCAUGGGAAGCGAGAUAGAUAUCCAUGCUGCUUAUUUCUACGGCCACACGUUCACUAAUAGAGACCAGAGAGCAGAUGUCGUCGGCCUGUUCCCAGCAACGUUCAUCACAGCGGAGAUGACUCCUGGGAGCCCUGGGAGGUGGCUGAUAACGUGCCAGGUUAAUGAGCACUUACGAGGUGGCAUGGAGGCACUAUAUGAUGUUCAGAUCUGCCAAAAAAACCUGUCUCACCCUUCACCAAUCAGUCAUAUGAGAAGAUACUAUAUUGCUGCUGAAGAAGUGCUCUGGAAUUACGGACCUGAUGGUUAUGAUAAAUUCACUGGGCAGGGUUUGAAUGCCACUGGCAGUGAAUCUGCAACUUAUUUCACACAAGGGACUGACAGAAUAGGAGGACAAUAUUGGAAAGUUCGCUAUGUGGAAUACACUGAUGCAACAUUCAGUAAGAAGACUUGGUCAGAGGACAUGAAGCACCUGGGAAUACUUGGUCCUGUUAUAAAAGCUGAAGUAGGAGAUACAGUGCUGGUUACUUUUGCCAACAAAGCCAGAAGAAGCUACAGCAUUAUGGCCCAUGGUGUAAGCUUCAGCAAGCUGUCGGAAGGUGCUCCCUACCUAGAUGGCUAUCUGAAGCCAGGAGCCCAUGUUAAACCAGGUGAAACCUUCACGUACAAAUGGAGGGUGCCUGAAAAUGGAGGUCCAACAGAGAGUGACCCACCAUGCCUGACCUAUCUGUACUACUCAGCCACUGAUGCCGUCAAGGACACCAACGCCGGCCUCGUGGGGCCUCUGCUGGUGUGUCGGAAGAACACACUGAAUCAUGAUGGGACACAGAAAGGAAUCGAUAGAGAAUUUUACCUCCUCUUUUCAAUCUUUGAUGAGAAUGACAGCUGGUAUCUGAACAAGAAUAUUGAAGCAUUUACUGGAGACCCUUCAAAAGUAGAUGAAAAUGAUGCUAAUUUCAAGGAAUCCAACAAAAUGCACGCUGUCAACGGCUUCUUGUAUGGUAAUCUGCCAGGCCUGACCAUGUGCAAGAAUGACAAAGUGUCCUGGCACCUCAUCGGGCUGGGCAGUCACUAUGACAUGCACGGGGUUCAUUUUCAAGGGAACACCAUUGACCUCAGAGGGACAACAAGGGAUGGACUGGCCUUGUUUCCUCAUUUAUCGGGGACAGCACUGAUGCAGCCAGAUCAUGUGGGCACAUUCAAAGUGGUUUGCAGGACUUUUGAUCACUUCGUUGGUGGGAUGAAACAUCUCUACGAGGUCAGCAGCUGCCACAAUACCACCCAAGCCCAGCAGCAGUACGGAGCCAUGCGGCUUUACUACAUUGCUGCGGAGGAGGUUGAGUGGGACUAUGCCUCAAAUAAGAGCUCAGCACCAAAGAUUUACAACAUCAGCAGCAAUGAGGAAAGCUAUGGGCACAUUUUUCUGAGCCAAGCAGAAGAUCUGAUUGGUUCAAAAUACAAGAAGGUGGUUUACAGGGAGUACACAAAUGGCAACUUCACACAUCGCAAAGUGAGGACAGAAGAGGAGGAACACUUGGAAAUCCUGGGGCCAUUACUCCAUGCUGAGGUUGGUGACUCUGUACUGAUUGUAUUUAAGAACAAAGCCAGCAGACCUUAUUCGAUAAGUGCACAUGGUGUAGAAGAAGUGGGUUGUGAAGAACAGCCUGAGACACCAAUUACCCUCCCUGGGGAAAUAAACACUUACAGGUGGAAUGUCCCAGAACGAUCUGGUCCUGGCAAAACAGAUCCAAACUGUAUCACUUGGGUUUAUUAUUCAACGGCAAAUUUUGUAAAGGACACAUACAGUGGUCUGAUUGGGCCUCUUGUAAUUUGCAGAAAAGGAACUCUAGAUGAAAGAGGUCUAAGGAAAGACAUUGAUCGCGAAUUUACUCUUCUGUUUAUGGUGUUUGAUGAAAAUGAAUCCUGGUAUUUGAAAGCAAAUAUUGAAACAUACCUUCAUAAGAAUCCCGAUGAUUUUAAUUCCACUGAGAACUUUGUAGAAGGCAACAGCAUGCACGCAAUCAAUGGAAAGAUUUAUAACAGUCUCUUGGGUCUAACAAUGAAUGAAGGUGACAAGACAAACUGGUAUUUGAUAGGAAUGGGCAAUGAAGUGGAUGUCCAUACAGUUCACUUCCAUGCACAGACCUUCAUCUUCAAGACAGAUAAGGACCACAGAGGAGAUGUAUAUGACCUUUUCCCUGGGACUUUUCAGACAGUUGAACUCUUAGCAGAAAACCCUGGAACAUGGCUUCUGCACUGCCACGUAGCUGAUCACAUCCAUGCUGGCAUGGAGACAACCUACACCAUCAAUAAAUCAGAGUGGAAAGUUCCAUCAGAAGGAGGACUCACAACUGAAGCAUACAAUACAACUACUGCAACAAAUAGAAUCACUGAAAAGGAUGAUGACAGCAAGGGGGGCAAUUUUUUUGGCAAAACUCUGAGUCCUGGAGAAACCAGCCUGAUACUUGCAGUUUUUUUUUUCAUUGGACUUGUUCUGCUGUCAACGGCAUUAAUCUUCUUCUGCCUCGUCACCCGUCAAGGAAACAGGAUCCAUUACAUGGCUCUGCAUGACAAAAGUGCACUUCUGACAGAUUCCUUGUAAAUGCCCGCUUUUAAUAUCAUUCACAGGGCCACACUGGAUUUCACAACAUAGAAUCAUAAAAUCAUUAGUGUGGGAAAA